GUGCGACGCAUGGCUGGCCCUGAAAAAAUGCGGCUCGUAGCUUUGGAGACGUGCCCCAGGCGAGCUAUUUUGGUCCGCAAUUACGGCACGCACAGCUGCGUGCACGCCGCGGCUGCAGCAGUAUUCGACGCAUCGCUGCGUUUCCUGUCGCUAUCCGAAGUUUGAACCGUCGCCGCGACCGGCAGCAGGAGUACAAGCAGUAGCAGCCAGCAUGGCGCCGGCGACACCAGAUCUCGAGGCCCAGGUCCUCGCGGCCUUACAAUCAACGCCAAAAUUCGACACCUACGCGCAAGCCAAGGCGUUAAAUGUCGACCACCAGGCGCUCGUCGGAGCCGUCAAGUCGUUAUGGGCCGACGGCUACGUGACCAUGGACCAGAAGAGUUGUUCGUGGCUCAACGCCACGAAGGAGGGCUGCGACAUCUCGAAGAACGGCUCGCCGGAGUAUAAAGUGUAUGCCGCGGUCUCCGCGGCCGGAUCACUACCCGUCGCGGACCUCGAGAAGAGUGUAGGCAAGGCCAGCGCCAAGGUCGGUCUUGGUGCCGCCAUGAGAGAAAAAUGGCUCAAGAAGGGUGGAGACGGUAGCCUGUCGGUGGCGAAGGAAGGGGUUGCCGACGCGACGCGCAAGAUGCUCGAGCCCUUCGUUGGAUUGAGCGAGCCGCCGGCGACGCCUCCAGUACUACAAGCGAACGACGAGAAGCAAUUAUUAAGACGAAAAUUACUCAAAAAAGAGACUUUGAAACAGUUCGAGGUCGCGAAGGGUGCCAAUUAUUCCUUGGAACGCAAAAGGAAGCAGGGCGACUUGUCGGUGGACAUGUUGAGAGAUGGGUCCUGGAAGACGGCGGAUUUUAAGGCCUACAACUAUAACGCCGUCGGCGCGCCCGUCGGCGGCGGCUACUUCCAGCCUUUGUUGAAAGUGAGGGCAGAGUUCAGAAAAAUAUUGAUGGGCAUGGGCUUCGAGGAGAUGCCGACCUCCAAAUGGGUCGAAUCGAGUUUCUGGAACUUCGACGCGCUCUUCCAGCCGCAGUCGCAUCCGGCUAGGGAUGCCCACGACACGUUUUUUGUCAAGGAGCCCGCUUCCACGCUGAAGUGGCCCGCGGACUACUACGAGCGCGUGAAGAACAUGCAUGUAAGUGGUGGUAGUGGUAGUAUCGGCCACCGGUGCCCGUUCGACGAGGGUGAGGCUCGGAAACAAAUAUUAAGGACGCAUACCACGGCGGUGUCGGCUAGGAUGUUGUACCAGCUCGCGAACCGCGAGGGCGGCUUCCGGCCGGCGAAGUACUUUUCGAUCGACCGCGUGUUCCGGAACGAGACGAUGGUGCGCGUCGGCGUCCCUUUUGUAUUUUGAUUCGCGUCGAUGGCGCGAUGUGGCGCGGCCGCGACGCCGUCGGCGCGGUGAUGCCGACCCCCCCGCACGCCAUCGACGCGAUACACAAGACGCGACCCCCAACAACGCAGGACUCGACGCACCUCUGCGAGUUCCACCAGGUCGAGGGCCUCGUCGCGGACUACGACCUGAAUCUAGGUAAUCUCAAGUGCAUCAUCCGGACCUUCUUCGCCGAGAUUGGGAUUACGCAGCUGCGCUUCAAGCCCGCGUUCAACCCCUACACCGAGCCGUCGAUGGAGGUGUUCGGCUACCAUCCCGACUUAAAAAAGUGGACGGAGAUCGGGAACUCGGGCAUCUUCCGGCCGGAGAUGCUCGCACCCAUGGGGCUGCCGCCGAACGUGAGGGUGAUCGCGUGGGGCUUAUCGCUCGAGCGGCCGACGAUGAUCAAGUACCGCAUCGACAACAUUAGGGAUCUGUUCGGGCACAAGGCCGAGCUCGCGAAGACGGAAGCGGCGCCGAUCUGCGUGUUCCCCUAGUGUAAGCUUUCGGAUACGCGUA